CGGAAAACUCAAAACAAUAUACUAACUUAAUAAUCUCGCAUUUUUCACAUCUUCAGCUCCGCCUUCCUCCCUCUUCCUUCUCCUCGUUUCCCUCUCGUCUCUCGGCCAUGAAGCACCGUAGCCCCAAGAAAAUCUCCGUUAAAUGGAUCCCAUUUCUCUGCAUCUGCUUCUUCACUCUCGGAAUUCUCUUCUGUAACAGGCUGUGGCUCCCACUUGAAUCCAACGGUCAGCUCAUCUCUCGGCAUCGACGUGAACAGGAGUUGCAGAUUGUCUCCGAGGAUUGCGAUACGAAGAAAAAGCCUGCACAAGAUAAUGAUGUAAUGGGUGAAGUUUUGAAAACCCACGAAGCAAUUCAAUCUCUAGACAAGUCGGUUGCAAUGCUUCAGAUGCAGUUAGCUGCCUCACGUAGUUCUCAAGAAAUGGGGAACUUGGAUGCCUCCAGUGCUGUCUCAACCUUGGCUCAUGAUGGCCCACCAAGGAAGAAAGUGUUCAUGGUUAUUGGAAUUAACACUGCUUUUAGUAGUAGGAGGCGGCGUGAUUCUGUCAGAGAGACUUGGAUGCCUCAAGGGGAAAAGCUUGUUCAGUUGGAGCGGGAGAAAGGGAUUGUCAUCCGUUUCAUGAUUGGCCAUAGUGCAACAUCCAACAGCAUUUUAGAUAGAGCUAUUGAUUCAGAGGAUGCUCAGCAUAAGGACUUCCUUAGACUGGAGCAUGUUGAAGGAUAUCAUGAAUUAUCUGCAAAAACAAAAAUUUUCUUUUCUACUGCAGUUGCAAAAUGGGAUGCUGAGUUUUAUGUCAAGGUGGAUGAUGAUGUCCAUGUUAACCUUGGUGUGCUAGCUGCAACUCUUGGCCGUCACCGUUCGAAGCCCAGAGUCUAUAUAGGGUGCAUGAAAUCUGGACCUGUUCUUUCUCAAAAGAAUGUCAAAUACCACGAACCAGAAUACUGGAAAUUUGGAGAAGAGGGCAACAAAUACUUUCGACAUGCAACUGGGCAGAUAUAUGCAAUUUCAAAGGAUCUGGCAACCUACAUCUCCAUAAACCAGCCUAUAUUGCAUAAAUAUGCUAAUGAAGAUGUGUCCCUCGGUGCAUGGUUUAUCGGCCUUGAGGUUGAGCAUAUAGAUGAUAGGAAUAUGUGCUGUGGGACUCCGCCAGAUUGUGAGUGGAAGGCACAAGCAGGCAAUGUAUGUGUUGCAUCAUUUGAUUGGAGCUGCAGCGGAAUCUGCAAAUCAGUGGAGAAGAUCAAGGUUGUUCACGAAAGGUGUGGUGAAGGGGAUGGAGCUGUUUGGAGUGCUUUAUUCUAAAUUAAUUUGGAUCGGAUGGUAUUCUGGAGCAAACAAGAGUAAACCUUUGUGGUUGACAAUCAAGGAGAAGCAGUUUUCACUGCUGAGGUGGGAGAGAACAGUGCAUCCGGUUACGCUGUCAUGGUACAUAUCUGCAACACAUUUCCUCGAAAUUUUUUCGUGAAAUAAUAUUGGAUCAUGGCAAGCAAAGACAUUAAUGUAGGAGCUGUAUAAUCAGAAAAUCUAGGGUAUGUUCCAAUUCUUUUUUUUUGAGUUUAGCAAUGUCAUAGUAUUUAUAGACAAAAAGUGUUAAGAGUUUUGUUUUUCUUCUUUCUCAUUUUGCAUAGAAAUUAAGUUUGAUGUGUGUAAGAGAGGGUAUAAGUAUACUGGUGGUGUAAACUCCAAAAGCUAAAUUAUGGUUACAUUUAUAGAAGCCAUUUCAUGUAAAAAGUUGCUCCUUGUACAAUUUUGCAAAUGCUUUUAUGAUUUAAGACGAGAUGGAGAGCAACCAUUGGGUAAUCA